AUGGUAUCGUAUAAAUUGGUUGGAAUUCUUCUGGCCAUGGUGUCAUGUCUUCUUGCAUCAGGUCAAACCGCUUCUACCAGCAAGGAACGUCUAGCAGGCCUUUACGUCAAGGACAGCACUAAUGGUAAUGGUGAAUUACGUUUUUUGGCCUCCAAUGCCCAAAUAAAUCAGCUGAUCAACCAGAAACAGGAAGUGUUGGAACAACUUCGACCCACUACCACUGGAACUGGAAAUGUUAACCCCAUUAUUAUCAACACGGCAACUGCUACAGCAACUGCCACUGGCACUGCAGGAACCGCUGUUACAGGUACAGGAGGUAUCGUUACUACGGGUGGCAACAACAAUCUAAACACCAUCAUCACUCAGGGUUCACCCAUUGCCGCUUUGUUGCCUCAGAUUAUAGGCCAGACACUUGUAAGAGGAGGUCCCAGUGGUAACCGCCGCCGCGUUUCAAAUAGACGGCGUGGAAAUCGUCGCCCCGGAAACAGACAAGUCCUCAGAGGUAGAAGGAGGAACAGACCCCAAGUUAUUGUAGCCCGACCCCAGAGAGGAUAG